AUGGACGAAGUAGAUUGUCAUUAUGGAGAUUUACUAUUACAUUCUAACGUUCGUUGGUUAAGUAAAGGUAAAAUACUACAUCGUUUUAAAGAAUUAUUACCACAAAUUAAAACUUUUGUACAAGAAAUUGAUAUUGUUUAUGAAGAAUUAGAAAAUAUAAAAUGGCUUGAAGAUUUUGCAUUUUUAGUUGAUAUUACUGAAAAAAUUAAUUUCCUAAAUUUAGAGUUACAAAGAAAAGAAAAAGAAAUUAUUAAUAUGAUAUCGGAUGUUCAAGCGUUUUCUAGUAAAAUAGCAUAUUGGGAAAAUAAAAUGAAAAAUGGUGAUUUCCAGCAUUUAUCUACUCUUCAAGAAACAAUAAUUAAUUAUUCUGAAAAUAUUAAUAAGCCUACAAACCAUAUAAAUACGAGUAGGUAUAAUUCAACAUUUACAUUCCGAAUUUAA